AUGCAGAUUUCCUGUAAAGAUUAUAAAAGCAAAUUUCACUCUAAUAAUACUAACUCAAUUUUUUCUAAUUUUUUGGGUAUUAAUGUUGAAUCUUUAAUUAGGACGGGGUCAAAGCUAGAUUUUUUUGUCUUCACACAAAAUUCUAAUCAGAAAGAAAAUGACUUAAAAAGAUAUAAUCCUAAUUUUAACAAACUUUCAUAUAUAAAAGAGAGCGAAUUUGCGCAAUCUUAUAAAAAUGGGUUAAACAACAUCAAACUUUUAUUUACUUAUCAAGACUUUGAUCUUCUGGAAUUUACACAGAUUCAUGAAAAUCAGCAUUUAAAAAUCAGGAAGAGAUGUGAGUGUCCAGUAAGAAGUAUAAAUACACCUAAAAAUGACAUCUUGCCGUUAUUUGACUUGCUUAUUAAUAACAUUAAUCAAAUUCUACUAAAAAAUGUAAAUUUUCAAGAUCAAAAAGAGCUAAGUAAUUCUUCCUUUAAUGAAAAUCCUUCAAUAUCUAAUGAUACAGAUAUUAUUGAUAGAUAUAUUAUUCAUGAUAUUAAUAACUUUUUUGGUUCUGAAAAACAAACGCAAUUAUUUUUGGAAAAAAAAGAUUAUAAAUGCUCAGUAUUCCCAGUUAAGUUGCUUAAUAAUUAUUAUAAAGUUUGCAGCAAAUCACUUAUUGAGCUGGCAAUUCAACUUAUACGCAUAAUUAGCAUAACUAUCUUAAGAAACAAAUAUAAACUUUUUAAUAUUUAUCCUGAACUUAUUAUUAUUCUUUCAUCUUUGAUAUUUAUUUGCUUGGAUAUUAUUUUUUACCUUUUUAAUUGGAAAUCAGCACCCAAAAUUGGCAUGGCUAUUGACAUAAUUCAUUUCGUAUUUAUAUUCCUAUCUUUUUGUCAUAUUACGAAUUUAAAUACAGAAAUUUUUGAUAUUUGUGGUUGCCUUUUAUAUUACUCGUAUAUAUAUCGUAUUAUUUUUAUUCUUCAGUGCAAAUUUAUCAGCAAAUAUAAUAAAUUUCAAGUAACGGAAAUUAUUAGAACUCAACUCAAACGAAUUUUUUUUUCUUUUGGAAAUGAUAUGAAUCUAAUGAUUUCAUCUUCUAAAUUCGAAGAUAUUUGUGGAGAGUUAGGAAUAGAUAAUUUUUUUAAGAGCAACCUGAUCAACCGAUCACUAGAAACGUAUUUGUUUCAAAAUCUAGAUUGGAUUUCAGGCGAAUUGUUUAAAUUUAAAUACAUUAAUCCAAUUUCAUAUACAAGGGAAAGCUAUUUUAAAAUAAAUUUAAAUGUUGAUCGACACAUUUUACUAAUUAAUCGUCAAUAUUAUUUGUGUAUUAAACAAGUCUGCACAAAGCUUUGUUUAUUCUACAAAAUCCAGAUAUAUAGUUUAUUUAGAUAUUUCUAUAUUAAUUUAAAAUUUAAUUAUUUCAUUUUAUUGAAAGAUUUACCAAGAAAAAUUAUUCGUUUCAAAUACCCAGAUAAAAAAAAUAAUUCAACCACUUACCAAGAAUAUAUUUUAAAAAAAAGAAACUUAACUUAUGAAGAAUUUGAAACGUUACUUAUUUCUUUGGACAGCAAAAGAAGGUUAUUGAAUAAGAUAGAAACUAAUACAGGUCUAUUUGACAUAAUUAAUGGUUCUUGUUUGCUUCAGCAAAGAAAAAUUAUUUUUGAGCAAUCUUUCUAUAAUAUUACAUUAUUUAUUUUGUUAGCAAUAUCAAUCACUUUUAUAGCAGAAACAGUUAUUAAUUAUUUCGGUGAUAAUCUAUCUAAAAUCAAAAAUUUCGUUAGUAUAAUACAAGCAUACUUAUAUUUGUUGAUAGUGAUCACAAGUUCAAUAUUUCAUUAUAAAUUGGAUAAAAUGUAUUAUAAUUCAUCAUUGAAAAGUUACAAUAGAAUAAUAAGUAUAUACAAUUUAAUUUAUGGUAAUUCUCAAUUAAUUGAAAAAGAUCAUUUACAUAAUAAUUUCUCAAGAAAUGAUUACUUGGCCGAAUUUUUGUCUUAUCACAAUGCAGAGCUGCUGGAAAAAUACGUGAAUUCGUUUUCAAAAUAUCUUCCAAAAGGUAUAGCAAUUUCACUCCUAAAAAAAUAUGAGUUUUCGGCAUUGAACCCACAAUAUAAGGAAAUAACAAUUCUUUUUUCAGAUAUUGUCGGAUUUACUAACAUUGCAGAAAAAGUAAGUCCCUUCUUACUGUUUCAUUUAUUAACUAAUUACUUCGAUGAAAUGGUUAACAUAAUCGAAGAAUUCAACGGCAACUUACUAGAAAUUGCUGGUGACGCAAUCCUUGCCAUCUGGAACUCGCCUGUGGCUGUUGAAAACCAUUCAGUAGCAGCAAUAUCUGCAUCUUUGAAAAUGAAAAAGCAAUUAAAAUUAAAAUUUAAAUCUUUCGAAAAUAACUACUUUCCGGAAAUUAACAUUAAAUGCGGAAUUCAUACAGACCAUGUUCUAAUUGGGAAUAUUGGAUGCAACAAAAGAAUGAAGUAUGGAAUUAUGGGCGAUGGGGUUAAUUUGGCAAGCAGAAUUGAGUCUCUUACCAAGCGUUAUUCAGUGGACAUAAUUAUAAGUAAUAAUGUAUUCGCAAAUAAAAAGGUACAAAAGAAAUUUAUAAUAUGUCCAUUGGAUAUUGUCAUAGUGCAGGGGAAAAGUAACCCUACUGUAAUUUAUCAUGUACUAAAUACCAUAUAUGAUUCUGAUUUGGUUUCAUUAUUGAAAUCUAAAUUUCACACUAAAGCACUGAUAUUUUUUAUUAAUAAGAAUUUUAAAAAAUCCCUGCUCUAUAUCGAAAAGAUUAAUAAGUUGGGGCCGUUUAAAAUUGAUCCAAGUACCAUCAACCUGUCUAAUAAAUGCAAACAUUUCCAAGACAAGAAAUUGGAUAUUAACUGGUCUUGUGCAGAGGUAUUAAAUACAAAAUAUUUUAACGAAUAG